UCUGAACUCGGUGGGGAUUUCCGGUGUUGUGUUGAUCUGAAUAACUCGGGAGUGGUUGGGAGUAACGUGUCAGCCGCGGCUUUUUCUUUUCAAGAAAGUCGGCGGAGCGAUGCCGGCCCGAGGCGUUACGUCACCAGAGUCGUCUUUAUCUGGCCACGUGUGUUGGCACGUACACGGGGGUUCGACUCCGGUUUAGUGGCUCUUAACGCACGCACGUAGAAUAACAGCGCAACAAUCUGCAGGAAUAUACACAAGGGAUGCCGAGGCAGAGAUGCUGGGAUAAACGUGUUGGCAGGUCUCUUAUCUACACGAGUUGUCUCGAGACGGUGACUGCCUGCUGUCACUUACCGAAUAAACCACUUCAACUCCAGAGUUUCUGCCUCUUGAGAAGUCUUCAGAAAUUCUUCAGCAGGGUGAAAGAACCGGGCCGUGUAGCCACCGCUCUGUAAUAAGGCUAUCUAUAUGACUGUCAACCAGCGUACAGGUGGGGAUUGUAUAGAUGCAGCAUGCAGGGAGGUGGGCCACCGAACGAAGUGGAAGACAGCAGCCUGCUCUUCAAUUCUCUGAAGGUGUAUUUGAACAACAAGAACAGACUGCAACCCAUCAUUGGCCUGAGGAGCAUCACAGAAUGUGUGAAUGUGGACACAGCGGGCACAGAGGCGUUGUACCUGUGCGAGGUGUGCAUUUGUCGCCUCGGCAUCACUGACAUACGGAACCACAUCAUGGGAAGUCUCCACAGAUACAACUACAUUAAAGCCCGGCACCCGCGGUUUGUGACAGAUUGGAACAACAACGCCAACUUGUCCAAGCUCGCCUGGCCGCUGUUGGAGAUGGCCAGGAUACUGGAAAAGCGAGAGGGACCUGGGGAUGUGCAGGUGCUGAAGGUGAAAGCAGAGUUAUACAAGAAGAUGGAAACAUACAGCGAGACUAAAGCCAUCAGUCUGUUGAAUACCAUCAAACUCAGAUGGGAGCAGAGAGAGAGCCAGGGCAUAUCGGAGGAUCUUUGCACCACCCAGUCCCAUAGAAUUGUGUUGUCGCCAAAGAUGCACCCGGUCCGGUCGAAGAAACCCAACGUCCAACCCCGGAGGGCCAUCGUGCAAGAACAAAAAGUCUCAGUUCAAAUGAGCGAGCAUCCGCCAUUGAUGGAAUCAACCGCGUGUCUCUCUGUCUGGCCAAGUGCUCUCCAGUCAACUGGAUCCAACAUGAACAAACUCCUCGAUGGCUACGAAGGGGCCAAACCUCUCAUUGGUCUCUCCCUUGUUGUUGCGUGUUGGGGUGAGGAGGACGACCACUUAUACUGUUUUUUAUGUCACUGCUGCCGGAUUAAGUCCAUCAAAGAUGACAUCAUAGAUCACCUGACCAGCUCCUCCCAUUAUUCCAACUACAUGGUGGAGAUCCAUCCCGGGGAAGUGGAUGUAAUGAGGGGGGAGGAAAGUGGCGACAAUCAAUUUCUUCAGUCAGUCGCCAAGAGAGUAGAGCAAGAGGAGGGAAGAGGAAAAAUAAAGGUCAUGGGGCUACCAGCCUCCCUCUGUAAUCAGCUGAGAAGCAACAGUUAUCAUUGGUGUGCAAUGAUGUUGUCUGGUCAUCGUAACAGGACAAGUAUCAAUAUCAUGAAAAGAAAAAUGGCUGCCAAAGGGCCAGAUGUCGGUGCCGUAAAAGCCUCAGAGGAAAAUACAAAACACAGGCAGACGACAGUGCUCUUCAAAAGGGCGAAAAGAGCAGGGAGAAAGAGGACAGAUGGAAACGUCACCAAGCCGGUGUUCAAGGUAAGCCUGCCGCUGUCUGGUGGUUCGAUGCUGUUGAAGAGGAUAUCGUUCAGCCCGGACAGCCUCCCUGUGUCACCUGAGCCCUCGCCCGCCGCCACUGCCAUGUCGAACCCUUUCUCGCCAGAGCUCCAGACAGACGGCUCUGUGUUUAACACUAGCCCACUGACAGUCGACCUGGAUGAACACAACAUCCGGGUACGCAUAACCUCACAAUCCGAGCGCAGUUUCUCAAGACAAGACCAGUACGCGGUAUGGGAGAGGGAGCUCAACGAUACUCGAUACCAAAAUGCGGACGAACCCUUUGCAGACAGCCAAUGCUCUGGCAAGAUGGAAAACACAGCUGGAACAAGAAAGUGUCUGCAGAGAAGUGCCCAUAACUGGCAGCCAGCAUUUAAAGCAAAAAAGAAAUCAAACGCUGCCUUGUUACAGCUUGACAGUCAGGACGUCGGGGUGUCCGACAACGUUGUUUCUGGAAUCAACAAUACCUAUGUGGAGAGCAAUGACUAUGGUAUGCGUUAUGCUGAAGGAGGACUAGUUGGUAGUCAGGAUGGGCAUGAGGAAGGCUCAUACAGAGAUGAUGAAGGAUUAAGGGCUCAAAUGUGCCACAUGCAGAAUUUGCCAUCUUACAGUUCCUGCCAGAGAGGAGAGGAGGGUUUCCCUGAGGGAAAGCAUCAGUAUAUUUCUGAUUAUCAGAGUCAGGUUGGCAUAAGGGACAACAUGCCAAGACCCGGCAGACAGGGAGAAAUGAGCUCUAACUCUGCCUAUCAACAGUACCACCAACACCAGCCCCAGCAACCAUACCAAGAACAAGAGUACACAUGCCCUCCCUCUGACGGUACCUGGUAUCACAGUCCUGCAAGUAACAUGGUUCCUUAUUUAGAUGUUCACAGGUGCAACAUGGAUCUCCACGGAGACUCAGUUAUUCAGGGGAGAGACGUUGCAGAGCCCAGAAUGCAGCUGUUUGAGGUGAGACAAGGACUUCAGAGUUCUGAUGGGGUGCAACUAUACGCCAGUUACAACCAAACUGCUCCACCCACGACCAUGAUUGCGCCACCCAGUUACAUUACCAUGACUACAGGCUAUCAGAUCCUCCCCCUAGGCCAUGGGAUGAACUCUGACCCUUACUCCACAGUGAACCUCGACCUGCAUCCUCAGUCAACUGACAACGCCGGUUGGCUUGAGCGGCAGUCCCGAGUCUUUGUCUCAUUGGGACAAGCUCAGGCUUUUGAAGCUCUUCCUGAUCAUUAUUCCAGGGGGAUUGACAGCAGUUUGUUAGUUCAGAUGAAUGCCAGGGAUGACUGUUAGGGCACCGUCUCCAUACGUGGUUAGUACCCACAACCAGUGUCCACAAACUGCACCUUUCCCCACACCUACCCCUGCACCCCCCAGUUUCCCCUCCCCCCUGAACAGGUGCCCAGACCAACCAGAGGAGGCGCUAGUGCAGCGACCAGGACACAUACCCGCAUCCGGCAUCCCACCCGCAGACACGGCCAAUUGUGUCUGCAGGGACACCUGACCAAGCCGGAGGUAACAUGGGGAUUCGAACCGGCAAUCCCCGUGUUGAUAGGCAACGGAAUAGACUGCCAUGCCACCCAGAUGCCCGAUGUUUCCCUUUUUGAUAUCAUCCAACACAUCAUCGCCGCCUCCUUUCCACAUUGAUUAUUUCUGAUUAGGCAAUGUUUCUCACUGAUGGCGUGGACAUUAGGAUAAGGCCUUAUUUUUUCCUCUAUCAACCAGGUUAACUUGUCAGUCUUUAAUUUUCUACAUGAAAUAACCAAGCCAAGAAGACUGACAGCCCACAUCAUUUAUCAAAAACUCAGUUGUAAUUUAUCAGGCUCAGUUGUAAUAUGUUUUCCUCAUUUGGCUUGAAAAUAAAAAGCAUUAAAUUCAGUUGAAAAGAUGAGCAAACUUGUACUUGUAGUUAUAAAUACCCUACUGUACUUUCUACCCUGCUUUGUUUUGAUUUUAUGCUGUGUGAUAUAAAAUGUAAUAUUAUUAUUAUUAUAAUGAAAAAAGACUAAUUGUAUCUCCUCAGAGAAAGUAUAGUUACAUAAAUGGAAGACCGGCCUUCAGCAGUUAAAAAUGAAACCUGUUCAGUCGGUGGAUAAGCAAGUUUGCUUAACACAGGCUCUCAACUCUGAUUUAACUCUGAUACAACAAUUGUUGAUGAUGAAGUAUUCUCAUUGUAUAUUUGGGGCUAUUGCAAUUGGUCUGAACCCACCAGAUUUCUUGCUUGAUUGAUAGUUUUACCCAUUGGUAUUUUUAUUUUAUUGCCUCAAGCUCAGUUAAGAGCCUUUUUUUGCCCAAAUCAAAAUAUGAAUAAGCGUUCCCGUGUAUUAUUGGAUGCCUUACCUGAAGAACGUAUGCUUUUGGGUAAUGCUGUUUAGUCUGAAAGAUGGACAGAAUAUUGAGUAAAUCUGCCAGACACCUAAUCUCAGCUCGGAUUAGACGUGUCCCAAAGCACUGCCGUCGAGGUCAGAAACAUGGUCAGUGUCACUUGGCGGAGAAACGCUUCAGUUACACGAUGCUCGUCUGUCCUGAAGACGUCAAGUGUUUGGUCUGUCGUGUUUCUCUACUGACCUGUGGUGUGGAAUGCUUUGCAGCUGUACUAUGCAAGACCAACAGAGAAAUUGGAUUAUGUCAAAUAUUAUGUGAUUUUCAGUUCCAAAUUGUCCAGAUGCUGUGUUUUGUGUUGCACAGUUGACGCAGUUUUCUAUUCCUCUUGGACCAUUUUAGUAUUGUAACGUUUCUGAAUUUCAUACUGUGAACAUUUUCUUCGAAUUCAUUCAAUGUGUACCAUAGGUUAGUUGGCUUUUUUUUAAUAUCACUAUUGUUUAUAGGUGUGUAAACAUCCAAUCUGAAAUUUAUAUAAUAUUGAUUUCUUUGUCAGUUUGUAAACUAAUGGAUUUGGACAAUCUUGUGCUCUCUAGUAACUGGUUUCUAGUAACUAGUAAUUGGUUUGUAUGUUGAAAAGCAUUUGUCUAUUUUCAGGAAGCCCAUGGCAAUGUCUGUGUUAAAAUAAAGUCUGAGGACGUCCGGGUAGCGUGGCGGUCUAUUCCGUUGCCUACCAACACGGGGAUCACUGGAUCGAAUCCCCGGAUUGAAUCCCCGUGUUAUCACCGGCUUGGUGGGGCGUCCCUACAGACACAGUUGGCCGUGUCUACGGGUGGGAAGCCAGAUGUAGGUAUGUGUCCUGGUCGCUGCACUAGCGCCUCCUCUGGUUGGUCGAGGCGCCUGUUCGGCGGGGCUGGGGGGAAUAGCGUGAUCCUCCCACGUGCUACAUCCCCCUGGUGAAACUCCUCACUGUCAAGUGAAAAGCGGCUGGCGACUCCACAUGUAUCGGAGGAGGCAUUUGGUAGUCUGCAGCCCUCCCCGAGUCAGCAGAAGCGGUGGAGCAGCAACCGGGACGGCGCAGAAGAGUGGGGUAAUUAACCAAGUACAAUUUGGGAGAAAAAGGGAGGGGGGGGUCACAGCCAAUGACAUUCUUUACUGCACUAUUUGAACAGUUCCCUAUAUGUACAUUGGGCCGGUGAAAUGGUUAGUUUGCUUUAAUUCAAGUUGACUUAAAUACAGUAAAAGCACAAGAGUUGGGUCUGCUUGUCUUGGCUUCCUGAGCCCGACGGCACGGUUCACUUGUUAUUCAUUUGCCCCGCAGUUUCCAGACUUGGUCCUCCAUAGGUACCUUGGUAUAACUUCAAAUCCACCAUUUGAUUUUGACCUGCCACUAAAGUUAGUGGCAGUGGAGAGGCUACAUUUGAAGAUUUUCACUGCUUGACACCAGGGGUCGGUCUGAGUCUGCCCUCUGGCUUCCACUGUCCUCAGUGUGCAUUAGAAACAAUUCACAUUUCUUACAAAGCCAAUUAGACUUGCGUGGAAUAAAACCUGAAUAUACCAACGUCGCCACAAACCAGGUUUUAGACGUGUUAUCUACACAUGGCUCAUUCUGCAGUUUAAUAGAGAAGUGUUGAAAAGAAUCAGCCAUGUUAUUGUGCAAUGCUGUGUGGGCCAAUGGAUGUUAAUAAUAAUAAUAACAAUCAUUGCAUUUAUAUAGCGCUUUUCUAGACACUGAAAGCGCUUCACAUUUUCUUAUUAAGACAUUGUUUUGGGUUUCCAGAAUCCAAUGGUGUCUUGAUUACCUAUUACAGUUACCGUUAUAAUCCAGCAUUUGAUUCCUAAUUUAAAGUUUUCACACCAAUAGCAGACUGUUCAACUGCUGUAUUUGAAUGUCUAAAGAAAGCCUUGGCUACAAAAUAAAUGUUGGUCU